AUGGAGAAACCGGGAAACGGGGGGUUAAUGGGGAAACCGGGAAACGGGGGGUUAAUGGGGAAACCGGGGAACAGGGGGUUAAUGGGGAAACCGGGAAAUGGGGGAAUGGGGGAAACCGGGGAACGGGGGUUUAAUGGGGAAACCGGGGAACGGGGGGUUAAUGGGGAACGGGGGUUUAAUGGGGAAACCGGGGAGCGGGGGGUUAAUGGGGGAAACCGGGAAACGGGGGGUUAA